AUGCGCGCAUUCAUUGUUAUGUGUCUAUUGGCCGUCGCCAGCGCUGAUAAACUGGGCUACAACUACAGGCCUGUGGGUCAUUCCAACUCUGGAUUGUCGUUCGCACCAGGCAGCAACAGCGGUAGCUUGGGAGGACUAGGUGGCAGCAUCGGCAGUCUUGGUGGAAGCCUAGGUGGUUUGGGCGGUGGUGCUGAUUUAGAUGGAGGAUUGGGUAGCGCCAGCAGCACCCUUGGUAGCUCUGGACUGAGCGGAUUAGGCGGAUUGGGAGGCUCUGGUCUGGGUAUUGGCAAUCUAGGAGGAUCCAGCGGAUCCCUGGAUGCCCCUGUCAACUAUGAUGCCCCUGCCCCAACUGCUGAAUUGGAGAAGGAGUUCUUCACGUAUACCGCCAACGAGCAGGACUUUGAUGAGCCCCAGGCUUUGGAAAGGGUUUCAGGAUCUGUGAACAAGGGCCUGCGUGUGGUCUUCAUCAAGGGACCCGAAAACCGUGGCCUGGAGAACGCUGCUCUGGCUCUGGCCAAACAGGCUGCCCAGCAGGAGACCGCCAUCUAUGUGCUCAACAAACAGGCUGAUAUUGGUGAUCUGGCCAACAGACUGAAUGCUAUUCGCAGCAACAACAAUAACAAGCCCGAGGUCCACUUCGUCAAGUACCGCACCCCUGAGGAUGCUGCCAAUGCUCAGCGCGCCAUCCAGUCCCAAUACGAUCAAUUGGGUGGCUCCAGCCGUGCUGCCGAUGGUGGUGUUGCUCCUGUUCUGAACUUUGCUUCUGCAACUGCUGCUCGCCCGAUCAAUGCUAAAAACCCCGACAACUCGUACCUGCCCAGCUCUGUCUUCCGUCGUUACCGUUUCUAA